AGGUACAUAAUUUAAUGUUUUAUGAUUCUACAUUAGGUUCUUUAUCUCGGAAUCAAGGCCUCAGUUUUCUUUGUAUUGCUCUUUAUGCACAGUAAAAUUAUUCACAUUGAACUCUACCAGCUUCCAGUGUAUUUCUUUUAGUCUUUCUCUUAUAAGUUUUGAGUUUAAUACUAAGUUGUGGGUAACCUGAAGAUCGUGCCAGCGAGUCGUGCCAGGAGAGUGUCGGAGGCUGCUGAGGUCCGGACAGGGCAUCUGUUGACCAGAACCAACGGCGCCACCAAUAGAGUUGUCACAGGAAGAGACAAGCAAAUGGGCACAGAAAAUGAAAGUGAGAAGGAAUGUUGAAGCAUCAUCUGCCUGAUUGAUCAGACAGACUGGACAGACUGAAGUAAUAGAGGCAGUUCUCCUGCAGCUUAAUGAUGGUCUGCAUCAGGAUCAAACUCAGAAUGAAUAUCCACCAUGUUCUGUUCUUCUGCUUCUUAUCAGCACUGCAGGAUGGAAACACUGGACUCGUCAAUGCAAAAGAUGUUUUUGCUGGAGCUGAGGGAGGAAGUGGUUCAAUGAGUUGCAUCUUUACUUCAUCUGGAAGCACCAAGUUCUUCUGUAAAGGAGAAUGUAAAGAAGAAGAAAUUCUCAUUAAAACAGAUGGUGUCACAGCUCAGAGUGGCAGAUACAGCAUCAGCUAUAAAGACGGACCUUCUGGAAGAAGAAUUGUGAUUGUGACCAUCAUACAGCUGACCAAGUCAGACUCAGGACGGUACAGAUGUGGUUUGGGUGGAUCUUUGGUCCCAGAUGAUUACUCUGACUUUAACAUCAUAGUUACAGAUGAAGCAACGUUGGGUGACAACACUCGUUUCAUCCGUACAGAAACUGAAGGAGGAGAUAUCACAUAUCCAUGCAGCAAUACUGUCUACGGAAGCGGGAAGUUCCUCUGUAAGGAUGAAUGUAACAAAGAAGAAGACAUCCUGGUUGAAACAGAAGAGAACAGAGCUCAGAAUGGCAGAUACAGCAUUGAAUAUAGAAAAGGAUCUAAAUCUGGACUGUAUGUGACCAUCACACAGCUGAAGAAGUCGGACACAGGACGGUACAGGUGUGGUUACGGCAGAGCUUCGUCUCCAGAUUCAUCCUACAUGUUCCGGAUUAUUGUUGGAGAUGCUCCAACCAUAUUGAAACCAAACCGGACUCUCCGACGUUUUCCAACAUCAGUCCCAUCAGCCUCCACACCAACAACAACACAGAGUUUAAUCUCCAGUUCAGGAAGCUUCACACCUUCAUCAUCUUUCCCUGAAACCACAGAGCAGUUUACUGCUCCAACCACUUCAAAACCAAACCAGACUCUCCGACCUUUUCUAACAUCAGUCCCAUCAGCCUCCACACCAACAACAACACAGAGUUUAAUCUCCAGUUCAGGAAGCUUCACACCUUCAUCAUCUUUCCCUGAAACCACAGAGCAGUUUACAGCUUUAUCCUAUGUCUCUCGCACAGGUUUCUCCUUGCCUCUAGUUGUGUGUGUGCCCUUAGUUGGUGUAAUUCUGUCGGCUGUUCUGCUCUACAAAUGGAAGAUGAGGAGGAACAGCAGGGAAAUCAAAAACCGCACAAAUGUGGAGGUGACGCUCUUAAACCCUGCAUGUCUCUGUUCACUCUUACUGUUGGCUUCCAUGAUGGCUUCUACUACUAUACUAUAAACAACAGACUGUAAAAUGUCACCGUAAAUAUGAGGGGAACUCUGGGAUGACUAAAACGGGCUUUAGUUGCCGACCUUUGAUUCUGCUGUCUGAAAUACAGCUGUCGCUGGUAGAUCUUAUUUACUGUAGCUAGUGUUGGUUGAAAACUCUCUAACUUUGUAAUGUUUCCAUCUGACUUGUAUGAAAAUUAAAAUCCUGAAGCCAAACCAGUGGUUUUGCAUAUUUAAGCCAAAAACAGUCUCAGCAUUAAGACAUCAAAGACUCGUGUCCACUUUCUCCACUGAGGUGCUGACCAUAGCUCAGUAUUUCCACAACCGCUCUAAUAGUUCCUCAUGCAAACUGCUUUGGCAUGUGAAGGAAUCCAAAGCGUCUCAGACCUUUUUAAUGCUUAGUUACAGCUGCUAAUCCCUGACUACACAAUCACUGCUUGGGAGAUGAUGGGUUUAUUAUAACAGAUUACCUGGUGGGCUGUUUCAGGUGUGAUGUCAUUCUUGUCACCUUGCUGAAGUUGUUGAUUUUA